UAGGAGUGGAGUAGAAACUCUAUCUCCCAGAAGUCUUCGCGCCGCUGCAUCUAGGGACCGUCGCGCAAGAAUAUACCUCCUCCCAGCCGCUUGAAGAUGGCGUUCUGAGAGCAAUGGCCGCCCCCAGGCCUGCUCUCACCUUCGUGUUUGGCCUCACUCCAUUUGAGGCUGGAGAAACGGCCUGCGGGUUUAAGACCCAAAUCUUCUCCAGGCCUGGGACUCUUGAAAUAGAAGGAAGAUUCUGACGUAAGGAAAAGGAAGCUGUGUAUCAUUCUCAAUUAACCAAACUUCCUUGAAAUACUAGGCACAAGAAAUACCCAGCAAUGCUUUCCAGAGAAGGAAGAGAAAACACAACUGGUAACCACAUGGAUGGUUGGGUCCUGGAGCUUGCCUCUGUGUGCCAUGCCGUCUAAAUUUGCUUUCUUCAGUCAACCAAGAGUGGAGGCCAACUCCCAGCCUCCAUCCACCAGCCCAAAGAGGAAGAGGAACUUGUCAUCGGAUUCUGAGGAUGACCUGGCAGAGCUGCUGGACCCUGAGCCUGAGCCGGUGUGGUCCGUGGAGACAUUGUGUGGGCUCAGGAUGACGCUGAGGAGGAGGCGCGCAUCUAUGGUGAGGCCUGAACACCACAAGGUCUUCACCAGGCUGCUGGAGGAUCCUGUGGUGAAAAAAUUCCUGGCCUGGGACAAGACGCUGAGAGUGUCUGAUAAGUACCUCCUGUCUAUGGUCAUAGCUUACUUCAGCCGCGCUGGGCUCUUCUCCUGGCAGUAUAGGCCAAUCCACUUCUUCCUGGCUCUGUACCUGGCCAGUGACAUGGAGGAGGACAACCAGGCCCCUAAACAAGAUAUCUUUUACUUCCUCUACGGGAAGAGCUAUGCCCAGCGCCCCAUGUUCCACAAACUGCGGUUCCAGUUCAUUCGGUCCAUGGGCUGGAGGAUCUGGGUGUCCCGGGAGGAGUGUGAAGAGAUCCAGGCUUACAAUCCAGAGCUCUGGGUGUGGGUACGAGAUCGCACCAACCUAUCUUAGAACUCUAGGACUGUGGAGGCCUGAGGUCAUUGACCUGACAUAGAUCCCUGCACCUGAGGGAGACACUCUAUGCCAACAUUGAGAACCGCUGGGGGAAAGGAGAGAGGACGUCUUACACAGGAACUGGAAGAACCCAGACUCUUCUAGAAGGAGUGGAAUGGAAUCACCACACCGUGCUCCUGGGAGCGGGAACACAUGCAGGGGCUCUGGUGGGGAAACCAGACAUCAGGAUUCCUCCAGGGCCCACUCCACUCAGCAGCAUCGUCUAAAUGUCAUCCCGGAUGUCCCCAGUCCCAUCUCCCCAAGGCAGCAGCCCCGUGGUUCCCUAUAAUUGGUCUCCACAGGCUUGGGCCAUUUGAAGGAGGUUCCUCAGGGCUCAGACAAGAAGGGAAAUAUCUUCAAACUAUAGCAUUUGAGCCAUAUAUUUGUAAUAAAAAAGCUUUAAUAUAUUUCAUAUUUUAUUGGACUCUACAAAUGUUCAUCAUAGAAUUAUUUAUUUUGAAUGGCUUUGAUAUAUUGUGGAUUUGUAAAUAUACAGUUCUCCCAGUUUUGUGAUGGGUGUUAUAACUUUCAUAUGUGUAAAUAGUCUCACUCUAAGAGAAGAUUUGGUUUUUAUAUAUUCAUUAUGUAUUGUUUUGAGACAGAGCCUCAUUAUAUAGCCCUGCCUGGCCCUGAACUUGCUUCAUUGAUCGGGUUGGCUUCAGACUUGCAGAGAUCUCCUGCCUCUGCCUCCCCAGUGCUGGGAUUAAAGAUGUGCGCCUCCAUACUUUAUGGGUUUUUAGAUUCUACUUAUAGAUACUUGUUUCAUGUAAAUAUAAAUUCUUGUUUGAAAUUUACUCUUUAUUAUUGACCUAUGAGCAAGUGAUAACUUAUUUAACUUCCUUUGAUCUAAAGAUGAU